AGAGACAUUAAAAAUGGUGGAGAAGAGCUUCAAGCUAGUGGGCUUUUCCAACUUCGUCCGCCAGAACCCCAAAUCCGAUCGUUUCCAUGUGAAGCGCUUUCACCAUAUUGAAUUCUGGUGCACUGACGCCAUUAAUCCCGCCAAUCGCUUCUCUUGGGGCCUAGGCAUGCCCAUCGUCGCUAAAUCCGACCUCUCUACCGGCAACCAAGUCCACGCCUCUUACCUCCUUUGUUCCGGCGACUUCAACCUCCUCUUCACCGCCCCUUACUCCCCUUCCAUAUCCAACACCGACAACCUUGCCCAAACCGCCGCUAUCCCGACUUUAUCCCACUCAGCCGUCGCCUCCUUCGCCGCCACCCAUGGUCUUGCCGUCCGGGCCAUCGCCAUCGAGGUCGAAGACGCCGUCGCUGCCUUCAACGCUAGUGUCGCCAACGGUGCAAAACCUUCGUCUUCUCCAAUAGACCUCGACGGCGGCGCUGCGGUCAUUGCCGAGGUCCAUCUGUACGGUGACGUAGUCCUUCGCUACGUCAGUCAUAGGACUCCAGAUCCACUCUUUCUUCCCCGAUUCGAGAAGGUUGAGGAAUCAUCAUCGUUCCCCCUUCUUGAUUUCGGGAUUCGCCGCCUUGACCAUGCCGUUGGUAACGUUACUGACCUGGCUAAAGCGGUGGCUUACGUGAAGGAAUUCACGGGGUUUCACGAAUUUGCAGAGUUUACAACAGAGGAUGUAGGUACGAGUGAAAGUGGAUUGAAUUCUGUUGUUCUGGCGAACAACGAAGAGAUGGUGUUGUUGCCAAUGAAUGAACCAGUGUUUGGAACAAAGAGGAAGAGUCAGAUACAGACUUACUUAGAGCAUAACGAUGGACCUGGAGUGCAGCACUUGGCUUUGAUGUCAGAAGAUAUAUUUAGGACAUUGAGGGAGAUGAGGAGGAGAAGUGGAGUUGGUGGGUUCGAGUUCAUGCCAUCACCACCACCGACAUAUUACAAGAAUUUGAAGAACAGGGCCGGCGAUAUUUUGUCAGAUGAGCAGAUAAAAGAGUGUGAGGAGUUGGGGAUAUUGGUGGAUAGAGAUGAUCAGGGGACUCUGCUUCAAAUCUUCACCAAGCCCGUUGGUGACAGGUAAUGUUGAUGCCAAAAUACGAUUAGUUGUGUCAAACCAGUUGGGUCUAGCCAUUAAUGGUCUUUUAGCUUUUGGCUGACCUGGUCUGAGGGUCUUGGAUGACUCUGGUUCUCUUCUUUUUGGUUGUCUAAAAUCUAAAUUGUUUAAUCAAAUUGAAAAUUAACAUGAAUAAACAACAUGUUUCAUUGCAGAAUGUACCUAACUGAUCUGAGAAAGCACAGAAUUUUUUCUUCUACUAAUUUUUUAUUUAAUUCAGGUCAGGCCCUCUUGGGCUGUUUAACUUAGCAACCUGAAGAGUACCACUGAAGUUUAUUUCAUGGACUAAAUAACCUCUUUCAAUUGAUUUCUUUACUUCUUUUGUUCUGUGGGUUGCAGGCCAACCAUAUUUGUAGAGAUAAUUCAGAGGAUUGGAUGCAUGUUGAAGGAUGAAGAGGGUAAGACAUA